AUGUCAUUUACUUUGGGUGAUUUGUGGCUGAUUUCGGCACCAAAUGAAGGUUCUCCGCAAGAAACAUGGGAUAAAUUGAACCGAACUACUGGUAAUAUGUCCUGCAAUUACAAGUUCAGUGUUCCUGAUCUCAAAGUAGGAACUUUGGAUCAGUUGGUUGGUUUAUCUGAUGAUUUAGCGAAAUUGGAUGCGGCUGCUGAACAAGUGACACGAAAAUUGGUUCAGUACUUUGCUGAUGUUUUGGAAGACGAACGGGACAAGCUGCAAGAAAAUCUUGUCGUGGGUGGUAAAGAUCUGAAAACAUUUGUCACCAAAUUCCAGUGGGAAGGAGCUAAAUAUCCUUUGAAGCAAUCUCUAAAAGUUCUCAGUGAUAUUAUUGGCAAGCAAAUCACUCAAAUUGAUAAUGAUUUAAAAACCAAAUCUUCUACUUAUAACAACCUCAAAAAUAGUCUAGCAUCUAUAGAUCGAAGAGCGACGGGUAGCUUAUUAACGAAAGAUUUGUCAGAAAUCGUAAAAGCCGAUGAUUUCAUCCUCAAUUCCGAAUAUUUGCAAACGUUGUUGGUUGUCGUGCCGAAGACAUUAGCAAAAGAAUGGCAGCAGAAGUAUGAAACCUUAUCUGACAUGGUCGUUCCUGGAUCAAGUCAUUUAAUCACCGAAGAUAGUGAUCAGAUAUUGUUUUCUGUUACGUUAUUCAAAAAAGUGAUUGAUGAGUACAAAACUCACUGCAGAGAAAAUAAGUUUAUCGUGCGAGAUUUCGUUUAUGAUGAGGAGUCGCUAAAAGUGGGCCGUAAUGAGCGUGAUAAAUUAGUGCAAGAAAAGCAACGUCAAUAUGCUCCACUUGUCAGAUGGCUGAAAAUCAAUUUUGGUGAAAUCUUCUCAGCUUUCGUUCAUGUUAAAGCGUUACGAUUGUUUGUCGAAAGUGUCUUGAGAUACGGUCUGCCUGUCAAUUUCCAAGCAGCUCUGAUAGAACCAAAUAAGAAUUCUCAUAAGAAAUUACGGACCUUACUCCACAAUCUUUACUUACAUUUGGAUGCAUCUGCUGCUAGUCCAAUUGAGGCUAUUGAGGAUAAUCCAACAUUGAUGUCGUUGGGUAUGCAUGACUACUAUCCAUAUGUUUUUUUCAAGAUGAAUAUUGAUUUUGUCGAAACGAAGAGAUGA